CCAGACAGACCUAGGUUGGUCAGAGCCUCAGAGGGGAACGAAAUGACAUAGCAUCGCUAAAUAUAAUACAGCGAAGUACGCGUUCCACUGUCGUCGGUUACUGGCAAAGGCGACUUAACAGCGGAGACGGUCAUUGUUUGAAUACGUCGACAUCCAUCUCAUCAUUUACGGUCGUUGCAUACGUAAACGUUGCAUCUCGUGUGUUGAAAUAAAGCUGACGCAGUAAAAAAAUGAAGUGCUAAGUAGACCUUUCUUAGGGAACGGCAGUGUCUGCAGAGUCCUCAACAAGGAUGAGUAUCCAGAAACCAGAAGGUCUUUUAUCAGUUGUUAUACCAACUGAACUUCCACCAUCUCCGAAUUCUCAACAACUGUUUAUAAGUCAGGAUCAACAGGAUGAAGAAGCGUCUGAUUGUCCUUUAUUAACGCCGAGCCCACCACUUAUCCAAACGGAGAAAAGUCUGCAAUCGGUGCCACUGUUCAAUGCCUUGGAAGGAGUUAGAGAUCCAUUAGAGAUGAUAGACACACCAACGCUUGAGAAUAUUAAUACGGAAGAUGGACUUAACUAUAUGAAUAUUGUGAAUAGUUCGAGUAAGCCUUUAAACGAUGAACCGAGUUCACGUGAUCCAAUGGUGGAAUCGACGAGUAGUAGUGGGAGUAGUAGCGACACGAACGAACCCGUUUGUGCACAGUUGUUGACGCAAUUAAAUACUGCUUAUCAACAUCUUGCACCAGAUGCUCAAGCUUUAUUUUACAAUCAGGAGAACGGUGGCAAGCCACCGCUUGUUGGGAUUCAGUUAGUGGUGCCAAAAUCGCCCAAAGAUUAUCACUUCAUGAAAUGGAACUGGCCUCUAAUACGAAAAACAUGUUACUGGUCGCUGAUGUCGAUUCUUACUGGAUGCACUGCUUUAGUUAUUGGUAUCAUCGCUACAAUGCCUAAAGGAUGUGAUCCACCGGUGGAAUGGUGGCAAGGUAGCACCUUCUACGAGAUAUUCCCAGCCUCCUUUCAAGAUUCAACGAAAAGCGCCGACGGGAUCGGCGAUUUUCGUGGAAUAACCAUGCGGUUGGACUACUUAAAAGGGCUCGGAGUGCGAGCCAUUCGACUGAAUUCGAUAUUUCCAGCGUUACAUUAUCCAGAAUAUUACUCGAACAUCAACAGCAUGACGGACGUGAAUAAGGAAUUGGGUACUCUGGAAGAUUUUAUCGUUCUCGCGCGUGAAAUUCACAAACGAAACAUGAGUCUGGUGCUCGACUUGCCUUUGUACCCAUUUGUGAAGAACUCUAAUGAUGAGGACGCGCUCACUGCGAAAAUAAAUGAGACCGAACGUGCGUUCCGGAAUAGACGAGAUACUGCAAACGAUGCAAUACUUCACGAGGUGCUACCAUCCGCAUUGCCUACGUCGGUCGAAACUAUUCGCGAUGUCUUGUCGUCUGCAUCACCACUAUUAGGAAAAGCCAAAGGACAAGUGCUCUCCAGUCACUCUGAUCACCGACAACAUCCUGUUAGUGAGGCCAUACGAAUCUGGCAGCAGAGGGGAGUGGAUGGUUUUUAUCUCAAAGGAUUGGAGCACUACGUUAACGAGAAUACGUUCGUGACUAGCUUGAGAUACUGGAGAUCUCUUUUACACCCGAACAACAUUUUUAUUUGUCACAUAAACCUGUUGAAUGCCGCCACUUCCACCGCUGCAAGAAACUCCAUCCUGUCCAGAAUAGAUUUGAUCGACGUGACUCUUCACGUGAUGAAUGAUACAAAGGACAUUAAGGCGCAGAUCGAGAACAUCACGAAAGGUAUGCUUUUCGAGAAAGCUAGCUAUCCAUGGAUACACUGGUCCAUCGGCGGCGUGGAUAUCGGCAGGGUGGCUUCCGCUAUGAGUGUUAAGAAUGCGAGUGUGGCGGCUUCCCUUCUCACUAUGAUACUACCCGGCACAACUAACAUAUUCUACGGAGAUGAGAUAGGUAUCGAAGAUUGCGAUUGUCAGGAUCACAAGGAUUUGGCGCAUGUGCACAAUUUAGUUCCUAUGUAUUGGGAAAAGAAGGAUAACUCCGACAGCAGUUUUUCAACCUUAGGAAUUACCACUUGGCUACCGGAGGCUGGGAAGCCGGUGGAGACCAGUUUGAAAGGUACUGUUACAAACAUGGUAAAACUGAGGAUGGAAACAACACCGAUUUAUGUCAAAGCAGUAUUCAAAGAGAAUCAAAUCAUGGUAAACUGUGAUGUCAGAUAUGUCGAAGAUGAAAUGAUCGUAAUUGAGCGGUGGUAUCCACGAAGAAAUUCUUAUGCAUUUAUUGCCAACUUUGGCAAUAAAACGCGCACCAAGGACCUGUCUUCUCUUUAUUAUGGCGGACGUGUUGUUAUAGGACCAAGUUAUAGAAUGAAUCAAGAUAUAUACUUUAAAGGACUUACCGUCCCUCCUGGAGAAGCGUUUGUAAUAAAAUUAGAUAAAUAAGAAUUUCGAUUAAAGAAUACUGCUCAGAUUAAAUUUUUAAUUUUAUUUUUGUUAUAUGAAACUAUAAUGUCAAUGUUGCUGAAAUAAUAUCAAAAAUGAUGGGUAUAUUAUAACAAAAAA